UUUAGGCAACAAACCUUUUCUCUCUCGGAUCGAAAAAAGGAGUACGUGACUCAUGAGUCAAUAAGAAACAAAAAAUGACAGCAGUCCACUCAGAGGCAUCAACACAAACACUCCACAUUUCCUCUCAGAGAAUCUCUGUACAGAGAGAGAGAGAGAGACCUCCAUUAACUUCUUUUUAGGAAAACCAACAGCACCCCCAAUCAGCUCACCAAUCUUCUCUUUACCGCUACCAUGGAGAUCAAAGAAAAGCUACUAAAUUACAAGUAUCAUAUCUUCUUCACCCUCGUUUUCUCUCUUAUUCUUGUCUCUAUAAUCGUUGUUGCGCCGAGUUUCCUCACAAUUUUGGCCUACUUUUGUCCUCUACUUCUCUCCACAGCUCUCUUUCUUGGCGCUGUCAUCUUCUUUGGCAAGACCUCUUUACCGGGCACCGACUCUUCCAGUGACAAAGCCGGCGAGGGGCUCUUGGAUUAUGUUGCUGGACAGCCCGAGCAAGCGGUGGAAAGUUUCAAGUCAGACUAGUAGUUGCCAGCCUUGUUUAAUGAUGUGUAAUCUCCCUAACCUUUAGGCUUUUUACUCACUUUCGUCCCUGAUUCCUUUGAUCUCUCAAUUUAAUUACGGGAGGAGGGUGUCUGCCGCCGCCGCCGCCGCCGCUGCUGUUAUGAUUAUUACUACUGUUUGAACAUCUAAUGUUGUUGCUUGUUAUUUAAUGAUAAUGACAUUAGGUUCUCCA